AUGCAUCAGUUAUACCGCGUCCUACGAGAAACGACCACGAAUGUUCUUAAUUCAUCAUCAGCUAAAUCACUGCCCGACCGACGACUGUUGUUAAUCACCAAAGUAGUUUCUUCUUCUUCUUCCGCUCUCCCGCCGGCCGUCGUCACCUAACACCGAUUCGUUUUCAUAGAGAUCAAACGAAGUGCGUGCGUGGUGACGAUGGCUCCACCAAGCGAUGAACGUCAACCGUUGAUCCAUAGUCAAUACAUUACUAAUCCUUUUCACGACCAUGAAAUUGAACCGGUGAACACUCAACCAAGCAAUAAACAUGUACUUCGUCCACACGUGUUCGGUCCUCAAUCUCAGUACUUAUCACGAGAUUCAUUUGAUCUUAUGAUCUACAAAGAAUCUGGUGAAUAUCGUGUUAUGAAAGAUAUUUAUGAAGGGGCGAUGUUCACAGUAAAAUUAUUUACCAGAUAUUCACCUAAUCCGCUGCUGGUGCUACUGGAUCCAAACGAAACACCAGUUGCACUGCUCGAGAAUGUAACUAGUCAUGGUCGAUGGGACGUAUCUGCUAUUAGGGAAAGCAUACUGGAUUCGGAGAAGGUAUUUAGCGCAUCAGGGAAUCACACCGCGGUAAAUGUUUCAUUGGAAGAUGAACGUAGCCGCUUUGAUCAUGUUGAUUUCCAGGUCAAAUGGUUGGACAAAACCUGCAUUAUUUAUAAGGGAGAUUCUUCAACAGUAAUAGCAAAAAUGCAUAGACCGGAGAAUGGGAACAAACUUUCGGUGAAAGUUUAUCCCAACAUGAAUUAUGCAUUUGUGGUUACAAUUUUUGUAAUCAUUGAUGCUAUGAAAUUCACCGAAGAAUCUGUAUGCGCUCCAUUAACAAUGACUCAACCUGUAUCCUGUUCACAUGUGAUCGGUCUCAAGUACAGUUCGGAAGGUUUAACUUCUCUUCUCUUCGAGAAGACAGAGAACUCAGCAGCCGGUGAAUAUUCUGUGUCCAAAGCAGAAAGUAGGGGAGAAAGGAUGUUCACAAUAAGGUCACAUAACACAACUUUCCAUAGUCAGCUGAAGCUACUGGAUGAAGAUGGAAAACGAAUUGCAAUGCUUCGGAAGAAGAAUGCGACGGGGCACUCUCGAUGGGUUGUAUUACGUGUUGAUGGAGAAAAUGAAGCGAGUUUAAAAAAGGUAUUUAGCGUAUGCAAAAGUCAGAUGAUCCAGCGUCACAUGGACUUAAACGUGAUCAUGGGAAAGGGAAGCAGUGCUGCUGAUUUCAAGGUCACAGGAAGUUGGACGGACAAAACUUGCACUAUUUCUACGGGUCAGGGAGAUUCUUCAAGAAAAGUAGCACAAAUGCGUCCCUUGGUGAACGACGAGGGCAAAUUUGAGGUGGACGUCUAUUCUAACGUGGAUUGUGCAUUUGUGGUUACGCUUAUUGCGAUUGUUGAUGCUAUGAAAAGCUUCAAUAAUCUGAAAGUUGCUGCUGGUCGUGCCGCGGACUUCGCUGUCAAAUUAGCUGUUGGAGCUGCAUGCGCUGCUGUUGCUGAGUGUGUGUGAUGGACUUUUUUAAGAGUAUAUAUUAGUUCCAAGAGUAAAUUGCCAAAAUUGUCCCUGAGGUUUGGGUAUGUUUGUCAGUUUCAUCCAAAACAACAUUUUUGUACUAAAUAGUCCUUUACUUUUGAGAUUUUUUGCCAUUUUUAUCUAAAAGUCUAAUUUGCUUUAUUUUUUCUGUCAAAUAUUUGGAUGAAAAUGACAAAAAAUCUCAAAUCUCACUGACGAUUUUGGCAAAAAAGUUAGACGUUUGGAUGAAAAUGACAAAAAAUCCAAAAAGUGAAGGGCAAUAUGGUACAAAAAAAUUGUUUUGGAUGAAAUCCCCAAACCUCAGGGACGAUUUUGGCAAUUUACUCUAGUUCCAAACUCCGUUUUUAAACUCAUUGUUACUGAAGAAUCAUGUUGUGGCAGUGUUAACGCAAAACUGAAAAUGGCUAGCUUGUAAUAUAUUUUUCUUUAUGCGUCUAUACACAUAUAUAUAGGUCCUAAUUAUACAUUUAUAAAUUUCACUAGUUUUUAAUAGUGUUAA